AUGGCCGGUGCGAUGCUGACGCCAGCGCUCGUCGGCAUGGUCCUAUGGGUGGCUCUGGGCGCGUUCCAGUUUGGCUAUGGGAUAUCGGAGCUGAAUGCGCUGCAUGAGCGUUUUACAUGCUCCGACGCGCUCGGGUGCCUGCACCUGUCCGAGUCUGGAUUUGGCGGCGUGACGGUCAUGUUCACGAUUGGCGGCACGGUAUCGUCGCUUGCAUACAGUAUUAUUGCGCGGCUUGCAAAGCUGGGACGUCGCCAAGGACUCCAGGUGAGUGCACUCUUUUUUCUCUUGGGCGGUCUCGUGCUGGGCACAUCCCAAACUGCAUUGUCCCUCGGCCUUGCACGGUUUCUCCAAGGUCUCGGUGCGGGCAUUUCUGUCGUGCUGGUUCCACUAUACCUGAAAGAGAUCUCGCCGCCCGAGCUGAGUGGCGAGAUUGGGAUCCUGAAUCAGGUCGCGGUAGUGUGUGGGAUUUUUGUAGCGCAGGCCGGAGGGACAGCUGUGAUGCUCGCCAAGAGCAAUUGGCACCGUGUUCCCCUAAUAUCUGCUGGGAUCGCAGCCGUGCAGCUCACGAUAGGCAUCUUUUGGGCGAUCGAGAGUCCUGUAUGGCUGGAAUCAGAGAGUAUUUCGCUCGGCAUUGUAGCGUCGGGACCCAGCGCCUCUGGUCUGCGGCGCAGGCUGUGGGGCAUGUCUGAGUACGAGGCGAUCGAGGAGGAUGACUCGGUGGACAUUCCUCCCGCAUUUUCGACGCAGCAUGUUCAGCCCUCCUUCCGCGACGGUUUGUGGAUUGUUGCAUUGACGCAGAUGGCGCAGCAGUUUAGCGGCGUGAAUGCGAUCUUGUACUAUAGUACAAGCAUUCUCUCGUCUGUGAUGCCGGGGCGUGCGGGCACAGUGGGUCUUCUCAUUACCCUCGUCAAUGCACUCAUGACCUUUCCGCCAAUCUUUCUCGUCGCCGAAGACAGGCUGGGUCGGCGCAGGCUGCUCUUGUUUUCGACAUUGAGUAUGGGGACAUUGUGCCUUGUGCUUGCAUACAGUAUGAUGCACGACAAUGCAGCACUUAGCGCGGCUGCUUUGGUCACCGUGAUUGCAUGCUUCUCGGUGGGCCUUGGCCCAAUCCCAUUUGUGAUCCUGCCCGAAGUGCUCCCGUCACAGCGGGUUUCGACAGGGUCCUCCAUUGGGCUUGGAAUUAAUUGGAUCUCGAAUAUUAUCGUCGGCGCAACGUUUCCUCCGCUACGCACGGCGCUGGGUGCGUAUGAUGGCCAUACGGGCGGGCUCGUCUUUGUUCUAUUUGCGCUCUUUAAUUUCCUCGCGGGAUACUUUAUUGCGCGCGAUUAUCAUUACGAGGGCAUACAGCCAUAA